AUGGAGGUCAUUUCCGAAACCCGUUUAUCAAGACACAAGGGUCUAUUCGACUUGAUACCCCGACAUUACAGACAGACACUCCAUCAAGGGCCACUUCAUAUUGCUGAUGGCGAUAAAAAAUUCUGGCGCUUUGCUAUCACGAUCCCCAAGUACGUCGACCCGGCAGAUUUCAAGGAUAGGAACGAAAGUGAGAGUUUCCUGUCACCCAAGGCGACAAACAUUCCUUUACCCUCGACUUUCACACUCUAUGAUGGUGGACAGACUAAAGGAUUUGUCGAAUACUUUGUCAGGGCCAGUCUGCGGAGCAAGGAUGAAAACCGUAAGGAGGCCAAGCUCCCUAUCACGAUAACAAACCACAGUCCUCUCGUAGGCUCUAGACUCCUUACACGGAUCUACUUCUAUUCUAUCGUGUCCUACGGGCUUAUUCCUGGGAUGGAAGAAGCCAAGCUCUCAUUGCCUCAGAUCAUAAAGCAAGCCAUGAAGACCUCUAGCGUGCCAAAGUUUGGCUUCAACUUGCGGAUGGAUAUGCCAGAGGUAAUUCAGAUCAAUGACCCUACCCCGAUACCCAUUCGACUUCAGGCUAUCAUGAAACGCAAUUUUACGAGCGAUGAUAUCAAGAAAAUCCCUCCAAAGAUCAAACUGAAGUGGAUAUCGAUCCAGAUUAUUGCUACUACAGAGGUCAUUUGUGAAGAUGCCCACACAAGGGUGGAGGAAUCUGAGGCAGAUCUUGACAUUAUGAACCGGAUUUCCAUUCGAGGACAGGAUGUAUACAUUCCAUGCACGGAAGAUGGCUCAUUCAUUGACAUUGGAGACCUGAUUGAUUUACGGCUGGAUCAGUAUCAUAAUGUCUGUCCCCAGCAUCAAGGGACUGCCCCUUUCACGCCGAGUUUUGUGACUUACAACAUUCGUCGUUUCCAUCGACUUAAGUGGGUGGUGGCAGUUGAAUUGGGAGGUCAGGUGGUUCAAAAGACCGAGACAAUAAUGCUUAAAAUCUUGGGACCAAGUCGGGCUGGAUGA